ACUGAGGUGGUCAUUUACAUACCAAUUUUCGGAGAAUUUCAAGAUUAAAAAGAAUUUUACCUUUUCAGCGAUACCAAUUGAAAAGCAAAUACAAUUCCUGAACGGAAAAGAUGCUACCCUUGUUGAGGUGUUCAAAGUGAACUCGGGAAUAUGAAAGCUAUAUGUUUCUUAAUAGUUUUACUGUUGACUGUGACGGCAUGUUUAAUUGGUCUCGAGUCAUUACUUGGAUAUAUUCUUGACCAAGAAGAAUCGGUAGUUUAUCCAGGAACGUUAUCGGAAUUUUCUGUUUCCUGUAACGACCUUUCUCUUAGUUCUGACGAAGACUUCAAUAGUUUUAAUGUAAAGAAAAGCGGAUUAAAUAUUUCUAUUAGCGGCGACGGACAGUACAUUUGUAGCGGAACAAACCUUACAAAUUUAGUUUAUUUGGUUCUUGAAAGACUGUCAAGGUUACGUUUAUCAAAAGGUUUCGAAGAACCUCCAUAUCUUUCCUGUGGAAACGAAAGUUUGGCACCAAAGCCUGGACAUUUGUUAGUUGCUUUUUCAAAAAUAUCCCGGCAUCAAAAGUUUUCAGACAACGAUUCAGACGCUAUUCUUCACUGGGACAACCAUUCAAGAAAUUCCGUCAUAGAUCCUUCAGUAUACUAUCAUAAUGGCGAGAUAACUAUCGUAGAGGGCCGAAUUUACUAUAUUUAUGCCUCAGUAUAUUUCAACAUUAGUUUACAAAAGCAUGAAAAGGUCACACAUUUCGACAAACUACAACAAGUUUCAGUGCGGAUUUGCAGACAUGUAUAUGGGUAUGAGCAGACGCUGUUAGGGAGAAGGAAGUUAUUCAACAUCAGCAAUGCAAAUGCUGUGUCGAGUUUAAGAAUUGGAAGUCAUUUGAAAUUGUCAAAAAAUGAUACUAUAUACGUUAAAGUAUCGAACGCAAAUCGACUGAUGCGCAACUCAGAAGGAAAUAUUUUUGGACUUUUUCCUACAUAAUCAUGUUUGAAAGAAAGAUCGGAUUAGUUUUAGGGAAAUGGGUCACAUUAUUACCCGUUUGUACGUGUCUAAGCUAGUUUUAAUAUAGCAGGAAUAAAUUGUUUGAUAUAGUUUUAAGGCACAAUA